UACCGUACUGUCCAACAAGGCCACCGUACAACCCGUGACGUCUUCCACAACAACAUCAUUGUCCAUCUACUCAGCUGCGCUUCGUCCUGACCUUUUUAUACAGUCUAUGGUCCUGACGUGCUGAAUGGUGCAUUAGUCACACAUCUAGUGAUUCACACACUCACAAAAUAAACUAGAUGGUAUGUACUACAGUUAUCUAGACAUUAUGCGACAGCUACGCGCGCCUAAAGGACGUUUAUUUCUGCUCGCGGUUUAUACUGUCAAGCAGAUGCAAUGAGCUCGAUGCUAACACUGAGGAUUUUAUCAUCGGGGUUUGAUCGACUGGCCAUGAAAGUGUGAAGUGCAACAUUUACUGUGAAAUUAAGUUCCAAAAAUACUAAUGUGUGAAAUGAGUACUCAAUAGAAAAUAAAAUAUUUGAGAUCGAAAUCAACAUGGGUGGUCAUUAAUCUCAUGAUCACCGUUGUCUGUAUGCAUUCAGCAGUCAGUUUAUCUUUAUAAGAACGAGCUCGAGUAGAUCGGACACAGGAUGACGGACACGCUGGUCGUCUCCUUCCAGACCCGGCUGUCUGCGGUCAUGGAAACUGUCCUGAAGACCACCAUGUACGAGAUCACCCGGCUAGUGGAGGAGAGCUUCUUGGAGCAGAUGGAUCGAGGCAAACGGGAGGCGGAGGUUUUCAAACGGAGGCUGGUGUUGUCGGAGGCCAAACUGAGAGAACGUGAGAGGUUUAAGAGGGUGAGGUGUGUGGACUGUGGUCGGACAGCAGUGUCCAGGAGGAGGAUUCUACACAGAGCUCCCGAAUCACAGAGCAGUUUGGACCACCCACUUGUUGUAAAGCAGGAAAAUGUCCCUGACAGUAGCUGGAAGUGCAGUCCCAAGGGAAGCGCAAAUCAGAAGAAGCCUUCAGCAACUCCAGAAUCUAAACAAAAUACUGUUCAAGUGUGUGAACCUAAACGUGGAGGAGAAGUGAAAGAGGAAGCAACAGAGGCUAGAGACCCGCAAGCUCGUCUAGUGAUACAUCCUCAAAUACACAAACAAAAAGAUCCUCUGAGCGUUGUUAAAGAGACCAAUGGACUCCGCAAUCCAGAUCCUGACCACAAACCAGGUGGCACAUCCUGCACAGAAAGACCAGGGGAUGAAGAUGAGGUCAGACACAGAAACCUCCAAAAAUGGUUUGAACCUAAAACAGACCCUUCAGCACGGUCUUCUGUUUCACAGCCAGAACCAGUCAGGAAAUCAGUAUCUUCAGAGUCUCCGGGUUUGAGACCGCAAGUGGGCAGCAUAGACUCAGGGCCUGUUAAACAGGAAGUUGUAGUGAUGCUUCCACCAGACUGGGAAGAUAUGGAAAGGAUAAGGCCUCAGGUGGUUUCUGCUCAUAACAGUGCAAAGAAAACACAGUUAGAUCUUCAGCCCGGAGAUCCUCUCACCUCUAGACCUCAAGUACAGGAGCGAGUCUCGUAUCCUGCGCCUCCCAUCAAGGUUCAGAGCCUUGCUCCACAAACCAUGCAGCAUCUCAGAUCACCCGUUAGGAAGAACACAAAAAUUCUUCUACAUCCCAAUUCAGUUGUGACGGAUCAGAUAGACCGGGUACAGUCCAUCUGCAAAGCCCUUCCUGCUACAAAACCUCCUCAUGUCCGUCAGUAUCCUGAAGGAGCCGCUACAGCUGAAAGAAGUUUCAGUACUGUACACCCAGGUAGAAAUCUGCCACAGAUGGUCAGUAUGAGGGUUCAAGGGGACACGCGGCACCAUUCGGCAAAGACACACAAUUGCAGCCAGUGUGGAAAAGGCUUCUCUCAUCUGUGUCACCUCAGAGCUCACCAACAGAUUCACACAGGUGAGAGGCAGUUCUGCUGUACCAUCUGUGGACGGAGUUUCACCAAACUGAGUAACUUGAAAGCACAUCGCAGGGUUCACACUGGUGAGAGACCUUACAUCUGCACAGACUGUGGGAAAAGGUUUACUCAGAAAUGCAACUUGAAGAGACAUCAGCGAAUUCACUCUGAAUUCACUCACUCUAAUGUAUGACGAGACAUGGAGGUGUGAUAGUUGUAGAAUCUGUUAAUUUACACAUUACACAUAUUAGUUGAUGUUUCGUUGACUGGCUAAUUUAUUUAUAAAACUCACAAAACUUUCUGCAUUUUUAGAUUCUCAAAAAACUUGACUCUGUAUGAUUUAUAAGCUUGUUUCCUCAUGGCGACCAAAAAAUGUCCCCACAAGGUCAAAAUUUAGUGGUAUUGCUAUCCUUGUUACUAUUACUUAUCUUAGGGAAUACAAGGUACACACACACACACAUUCUGUAUGCAAAAUCCAUUUAAAUUAUUAUAUUUUAAAAAUAUAUAUAAUUUCCUUUUUAAUUUUGGGGUGAAAUACGACCCGGGCAGUUUUGAAAUUUUCUAUGCUUAUUCACGGUGGUUUGGUGGUUCCUCUAUUUAAAGUGUUUAUCUCACUUCAAAUAGGAGUUUUACAAGCCUUUAUGAAUACAAGACAACUACUCAAGUAUAUACUGUUAAAUUAGAUCCCUUUUGAUUUGUUUGUAUAUUCAGAUGCGUAGCAUUAGCUCUUUGAAAUGGUGUGCACAUAUAAUGUGUGUUACUGUUUUUUUUUUUCUUUUUCUUUUUCUUUAAGAUACCCAGUGAAACUGCUUAAAGAACACAGUUAUGUAACUAUUACAGUAGUUACAUGUUCAUAUUUAGAUGUCAAUGGUUGUAGGUUCAAACCUAUGCAGGGGGCCCACGAAAGCACCUGCUAAACUUCAGAUAACUAUUUUGAAAUGUAAUGGCAUGUUUCCAGUGUUCUUUAGAACGCAAAGAAUGAGUGACAGUAUAGCUGGUACACUACAUUCAAGUUACUUUCUCAUCUGUUUUUAGUUUAAUAUCUUUUGUUGAUUUAAUGACACACACUGAGCAAACUUUUCCAGUAAUGCAUGCAAACAGAUUAUUUGUGAUUCAGGUACACCACAGUAAGCCAUGUACAUUACAGGCUCAAUGACUGUAAUUACAAUUCUUUUUUUUUUUUCUGUGAAAAUGAAAAAUCUAAAGGAUGAAAUUGUAUUUUAAAUGGACCAAAUGGCAGGAAGUUCCUGUCUCCAUUUCUGUCAUAUACAGUUGUUUUGUAAUGUUCAUGUCAGCAAAAUUAAAUACUUCUCCAUCUGUU